UCGUUGAUUCACAAGAACUUCACGAUCACACACAAAAAAAAAAACGAAAUUUCGCUGUUUGAUCCGUCCUGUCAAAGAGGUUUUCUCUGUUUGUUGUUCGUCUUCAUCUAAGCAACCCAGUGGUCUCUCUGCGGGCCUCUGUUGGUUCCUCCAUCUGAUCGCACAAAUUCAUCGUCGUCCUCUGUUUCCAGGAAACUGGUAUUUUUCUUCGCCUCGAAGCGAUUUUUUUGUCGUUGAUCGUUGUGGAGAUGAGUGGUUGUGUGAGUAUGAAUCUCGGACUUUCUUCCCCAUUGAAGAUGGAGGGAGAGGGAACAAUAGUGAACAAGAAGCACGGCAUAGUUUCGAUCUUGGGGUCCGAUUCAGACAACAGAUCGUCACGCGCUUCUUCACUCAGAAGGACGUUAUCUGCAGAUAUGUCGUCAAAGAAGUGGCUUUCACAAAAUGGCCUGUCGUCUCCUCCGAAGAAGAAUGCAUCACAAGAAAGCAGAGGAGGAGGAGGAGGAGGAGGAGAAGACAGUGAAGUGAAGUCGGCCUUUGACAUAUGGACUUCGAUUCAGGAAGAGAAGAAGAAAGAGAUAGAGGGUGAGAGAAAUGGACAAGUCGAUGUGUGGGGCUUGAUCUUGUCCGAGAAGAAAAAGGACGUUUGCAUGGGAAAGUCGGUUCCUCCUCCUUACGUGCACCCACUUGUGAGAAGAUCUAAGAGCUCUUUGAGUGAGAGAAGCCUCGAGAUCUGUACUGAGAGUUUGGGUUCGGAGACUGGAUCCGAAGGGUUUUCAUGGUACAAUUUGUCGGAGAAAUCGGAGGAAGUUUUAGAAGAGAAAGACGAUGUUGGAAACUUCCAGGGAUUGCAGAAGGAACCGGAGAAACAAGAGUUCAGAGCAUGGAAGCAAGAAGAACCGGUUAUGGCUGCGAAGUCUAGUUGCUUGGGGGACAAGAAAUCCACUCAGAGGUCUUUCCCUCCUCCAAUACAGUCUCUUUCUCGCCAAGACGGUGCUUCCACAUACAUGAGGACACGCCGUGACAACGGCCGUUUGGUUCUUGAAGCCGUAGAAAUCCCUUCCAAGGACAACUUCUGUGCUCAACGCCAAGAUGGCCGGCUCGUCCUAACAUUUGCCAAGGCAAACCAAAACGUGGACAAGACCGAAGAAAUAACGGACGAGAUGGAGCAAGAGAAAGAGGAAAACGGGUUCGAGAGUUCUGAAGAAGAAGAAGGAGAAGGACAUGAUGAGAUGGAGAUGAGGUUUGCUAUGGAGCAAGCACCAAAAUUUUCAACUACCCAUGGCUUGAUCAGUGUUCAUAGGUUAGCCCUAAUGGUGAACAAACGUAUUAGGGCUAACCUAUGGUCAUCAAAGAAUCUCAAUGAUAUCAUUAAGCCAAAGGGUAGUGAGAAAGAGGAGGAGGAGGAAGAAGAAGAAAAGCCGGCCGAACUGGAGAAACCAAAGCCUAAAUCUCAAUCCCUACCACCCCGACCACGACCACGGCCACCAGCCGCCACUACCACCACUUCGUUGAAUGUGUAUGAAUACUAUUGGAGGCCUAAGCCCAUAAGAAUGGGUUCCACUGACGAAAAGAGCGAGGAACAACAAUAUGUGGUAGUGAGGAGGAAUAAGCAGCAAGGGAAUGGCGACGAGGUUUUGGUGGUCAAUGGGUGCAAAGAUCAAAAGAGGUCCCUUUUGUUUUGGGAGCCUUAUUGCAUUCCCACUUCCUAGACACCAACUGCCACAUCUGCCUAAUUAUUCUCCAUACUAUCAAUCAAAAUAAACUAUCACCAAUUAUCAUAAACCAAUCAACCCAUAGUUGACUUAUAUAUAUAUAUAUAUAUAUAUAUAAUAUUUGUAUUCUAAAUGUGUAAUUUUUUUCUCCCCUUGUGUUUUUCCACUUACUCGUGUGGAGUUUGUGUAGCAAAACCAAAAUAAAAGAACAAGAGAGAGAGAGAGGGGGUGAGAGAUUUUUACUUGUAGAGAGAGAACAAAAACAAAAGAAAAGGAAAGACUUAUAUUUACAAAUGUAUUACUAUAAUGUUCUCUAAUAAAUAAACAUGUUGAAUUUUCUA